UCCUUUUCGUGAAAAAAGAUCCAUAUUAUCUAUUCUAAUUCUGCCAUUAUGUAAGGAAGUUGUAAGAUUUAAACAGAUAUCGAAAUAAGCUUUGCGAUUGUCACCGAAAUAUACCGCAAAUUCGGUGUGCAACAAAACCUGUAAUGAACUGACCACUGCAAUGUAGUCCGAUGUAUAAAAACUGUAAUGAGCAUAUCCCAAAGGUGCUCAAUAGCUGCGAGGAAGUAUUUUACAACUUUAACCUGCUUAUUGGCUUGACACCAAAAUUCCACCAACCUCCAUUUGUUAACGCAGUGACAUUUUCAGUUCUCAUGGUGAAGGGUCGGAACGGGAAGUUCCUGCUGAUGCACAAUGGCUACACAUACUACCAGCACAAAAUCCUAAGGGACGGCUUCCGGUGGAGCUGCACCCAGAUGGGAUCUAGGUCCUGCAGGGGCUUCCUGCACGUCACACGUGACAUGAUGGUGGUGCGAGCGCAUACAGACCACACUCACAUGCCCUCGCAUUACCUGCUGCAGAAUGUCAAGAAGGCUCAGGCCAAGAAGAGGACAAUGGAAACCCGUUCUACAAAAGCGCUGAAUCCGUUUUCUUUGAAAAUAACUAGCAUACAGAGCAAAGUCGACUUUUCUGAUGAUUAACUAAGUUACUCCUUAUUUAAGAAAAUACUUAGUCGCCCCAAUAAGAAAAUAUGUCGACUUUUAUUCAGUGCCUGUAGACAAAGUUACAUUCGUGAUAGAUUUCGUAAACGCUCUGCUAUAUUAUUUUUUUCGUUAUCUCGGGCAGGACAUAGCGGAGCGAUCAGGAAAUUAAUUUUGACACGUAGUUUAAAGAGUCCAUAUUUCAGAUGAGUAUUUUUGGAUUAUUUGAUGCUCGCUUUAGCAUUCGAAAAAACGCUAGCGAACUACUUUAGAGUUUGCUCACAGCACAGGACAAGACGUGCCUGCGUGCAUGCCUAUUGUCUACUUCUGCGUGUUGUCUCUAUGACAAAAACGAACUUAUGCGCCAAAAAUUCGCUCAUCUGAAAGAUGAACCCUCGACGUAAAUAAAGUCGUUGACGCUACAUUUCUACGCUCGCCGUUACCGCCUGCCGCUAAAUCGAAAUACGUGGCUGAGUAUUCAAUAAUAUUCCGUAAGGCAAUAGGGUGGAGCUUAUUUUGGAUUAACGUUUUAUUUUAACAAGAUCUCUUAACUAAAAAAAAAUUCAAAAACUUUCUAUUUAUUAAUCAAAAGUAACAUAUUUAAAAAACUUUGUAUUUAGAUUUUAAGCAUAAUCAUUUAACGUCGCAAUAAUUUUAUUUAAGUACGCUUUAGUGAGAUAUAAAAGCUGAGAGGCGAAUAUCCGUAGUACUACCCGACUGUAAAAAAAUAUAAGCUGGUUCCAAGACGACACUUAAACAAGUGUUCAACGCGCAUGUAACUUUUACUUUAAACAAGCUAUUUUAAAAUGAUGGUUAAAUUGACGUGGUCGGGUAAUAAAUAACAGUAUUAGGUGUGUUUAUUAAAUAAAAUGUAUAUUCUGGUUUUAUUAGUUUUAAAUCUAAAAUUAGUUCAUAUUAAAUCAGUAUAUUUGUGUAUACUCCGUUAUAAUAAGUUACUUGUGUAAUUAUUUAUAACAAUGUUCUCAAUUUCACUAAACUGCCAAUUAUUAAGACAAAGAUGUUAAAAAUGUGAAGGCAUUUAGUAAAUGAAUAUGAAGGAUUUUGUCUUAACAACACAAAAAAGUGUUAUGCAUACAAUAAAAUUACUGUAGUUAUUUUAUUGCUAUAAACCUUGAUCUUUAUAAACGAUCUGGGAACUUUGGAUGAAUAGAAUAAUAGAAUAUCUCCAUCGUAUAGUGUACAGCUUAAAUCAUGUUUAUUUUAAAGUAAAAGUAUAUUAACUGACAAACUA